GACCGCACGUCAGGGAAGGGCGGGUCGGUGCGCUAGUGCGCUUGCGCGGUGUUUUGGCUUGUACCCCUGCAGCGGCGGAUAAUAACAGCAAGCCCCAUCAUGUUGCUGUGCAGUGUCAGUGCAGCUGCAAGGAGCACUUUAUGCUGCGCAAUGGGGGAGCUGCCAUAUUAAAAAGGGGACCACAGGCGACCAAAGUGUAUCGACUAAGGAACGUAUUAGUAAGACUUCUAGCCAAGGAUUUGCCGCUGGAUCAUCUCCCGGAAAGCCUACACCGUGCCCUCGCCUCCCUCCCUUUCCUCUACUGCAUGGAUAUGUCUUUGGUGGCUGUGAAAAUGUGCUGUUUACUUGCUUUGGAUAAUUUGUUAUGAGGAUAACUAUAGGCUAAGGCUACAGUCAUCUUCCCUUACCUGGAGCAGCAUGGCAGGUUUCAAGCGUGGAUAUGAUGGAAAAAUAGCUGGACUUUAUGAUCUUGAUAAAACCUUGGGCAGAGGACACUUUGCCGUGGUCAAGCUUGCCCGCCAUGUCUUCACUGGUGAGAAGGUAGCUGUUAAAGUAAUUGACAAGACCAAAUUAGACUCUUUGGCAACAGGACACCUUUUCCAAGAAGUUAGAUGUAUGAAGCUCGUCCAGCACCCUAACAUAGUCCGUCUGUAUGAAGUCAUCGAUACGCAGACCAAAUUAUAUCUCAUUCUGGAACUUGGUGAUGGGGGUGAUAUGUAUGACUACAUAAUGAAGCACGAAGACGGUCUUAGUGAGGAACUGGCCAAGAAAUACUUUGCUCAAAUAGUUCAUGCAAUAUCAUACUGCCACAAGCUUCACGUGGUACACCGGGAUCUGAAACCGGAGAAUGUGGUCUUCUUUGAAAAGCAGGGGCUUGUAAAAUUAACAGAUUUUGGCUUCAGCAACAAGUUCCAGCCUGGGAAAAAACUAACAACGAGCUGUGGAUCAUUGGCUUAUUCUGCUCCAGAGAUACUGCUUGGAGAUGAAUAUGAUGCUCCUGCAGUGGAUAUUUGGAGUCUCGGCGUAAUCCUUUUCAUGUUGGUAUGUGGAACUCCACCAUUCCAAGAAGCUAACGACAGCGAAACACUGACCAUGAUAAUGGAUUGCAAGUACACAGUCCCUAAGCAUGUAUCCAAAGACUGCAAAGAUCUUAUCACUCGCAUGCUGCAAAGAGAUCCUAAGCGAAGGGCAUCUCUGGAAGAGAUUGAAAACCAUCCCUGGCUCCAAGGAGUUGAUCCAUCUCCAGCCACAAAAUAUAACAUCCCUCUCGUUUCUUACAAAAACCUGUCGGAGGAAGAACAUAACAGCAUCAUACAGAGAAUGGUCCUGGGCGACAUUGCCGACAGAGACGCAAUUGUUGAUGCCUUGGAAACAAACAAGUACAAUCACAUCACAGCUACUUAUUUCCUGCUGGCUGAGCGAAUUCUGCGGGAGAAGCAAGAGAAAGAGACACAGACCAGAUCAGCCAGUCCCAGUAACAUCAAGGCUCAGUUCAGGCAGUCUUGGCCAACAAAGAUUGAUGUACCACAGGACUUGGAAGAUGAUUUAACUGCUUCCCCUAUAGCACAUGUUGCUGGCCAACCGACUCCAGCUCGGAGUACAGAGAAUGUGUUGAAUGGCCACAGAAACAAAGGCUUUAUGGAGCCUCUAAAGAAAGAGGACAUCCCUGAUUUCUCUACCCCUGCUGUUUCUGGCCUGCCUCCUGUGAACCUGAAUCCAACAACAAGUGGAAGGAAAUGUCUCUUUAGGGUAGAGGAGGAUGAAGAGGAAGAUGAAGAAGAAAAGAAACAGAUUCCUCUCUCGACACAAGUUGUCCUUCGACGCAAACCUUCUGUUACAAACCGCCUUACCUCCAGGAAGAGUGCUCCAGUGCUGAACCAGAUCUUUGAGGAAGGAGAAUCCGAUGAUGAAUUUGAUAUGGAUGAAAAUCUUCCUCCGAAACUGAGCAGAUUAAAAAUGAACAUUGCAUCUCCCGGCACUGUGCACAAGAGAUAUCAUCGAAGGAAAAGCCAAGGGCGCGGAUCAAGCUGUAGUAGCUCCGAAACUAGCGACGAUGAUUCCGAGAGCAGACGCAGGCUGGAUAAAGAUAGUGGAUUCACCUAUUCCUGGCAUAGACGCGAUAGCAGUGAAGGGCCCCCUGGCAAUCAAGGUGACGGUGGGGGGCAAAGUAAACCAAGCAAUGGAAGCACCGGCGUUGACAAAACAAACCCAAGUGAUAACAAAGGAGGUGGAAGUCCAUCUAACACAUCAAGUGGAAACAACAACAACCAGUCUGGAAACACACGCAACUGCACUGGAUCUGGAAACUCUGUACAGCAGUCGCCCAGAAGUGCUGGAGAGUUGGUUGAGAGUUUAAAACUAAUGAGCCUCUGUCUGGGCACACAACUACAUAACGGAGCUAAGUAUAUAAUUGACCCUCAGAAUAAUCUCUCGUUUUCUAGUGUUAAAGUCCAGGAGAAAUCCAGUUGGAAGAUGUGCAUCAGCUCGAACGGCAUCGCCAGUAAAACCGCCCCUGCGGGAAGUGUAAAAUUAUUCUCUGACCAAAUGUCAGACACCAUUAAAGACAAAGAUCUUCUAAAGAACAAGAACUUUAGAAAUAAUGUGUUACAGCUACCUCUUUGUGAAAAAACGAUAUCUGUGAAUAUCCAACGAACUCCCAAGGAGGGACUUCUGUGUAUCGCUAGCCAGACCAGCUGUUGCCAUGUCAUUUAAUGCUGGCUCCACACCAUUGUUUAUCUUCAUGGCUGUGAAUACUUACUUUGUGUUUAUUCCAUUUUGUUGUCUUAAGUUUUUUCACCCUCACCUUUCUUUUAAGUCAACUUUUUGGCAAUUAUUUAUUACCUUUUUAGUUUGUGUUUGCCAUAUAGGACAGUGGUGCAUUUUAUUUGUGCACGUGCUAGCGAAUAAUUCACUCUUCGGCUGGUCUAGAAUGUUUUAUUGUGCACAUUCUGUGUUUUUAAUAUAACAAAAAAUGUAAAUCUGGCUUUUCCUUGAGCAUUACCCAGGGCAUACUUUGUGAAGAGCACUUAGAAGUCUCAUGUUUAGCACUUACGAAGAGAAAGCCGUGGUGUUUUCUUGCUUUCUCUUGAUUCCAGUCCUGAGUUCUCAUGUCCCUAAGUGUGUCUGUGGUAGAACCAAAGCAAUAAUGUUUUUAUGUUGGCAUCGUCCCAAGGGGCUUGCUGAUAUCAUAAGCUCUUCUCCGCAUUAGAUGCAGUGUUCCAGAGCGUCGUGUCCCAAAGCAGUUUUUAAGCUCACCUAGAAUGCAUCCCAGUUCCUACAGUAAUGACUGACAAUCCUUUCUCCCUUUUAUGUGUUCCUUAUAUCUUUGGAUUUCACCCUCUACAGAGAUCUAUCACACGUCAUGUCAUUUCUUUUGUCCAUACAAUUCUAUUCCUUCUUCCUGUUGUUGUUUCCAGCUGCAGGUCAAACUGAACCACAUCUACCUGAGCUGUUUACAUUGUUGCUUUCCAGAUCCCUUAGUACUUGUAUGUGUGAUGAUCACGUUCCAGUACUUUCUCUUGUACCAUAAGAAAGUGACGUUUUUAUAGUUAAAAAAAAAAUGCAUAUUAUAUAAUAAAAAAAGAAAACCUAGCAUAUACUACUAUAUCUCUGGAUAGCAUGUAAGCUAACAAAGCGUAGUGUUGCAUUUCAGAGGCAAUUCUGGGAUAUUCAGUGUGUCCAGUAUGUAUUUUCAUUGACAACUCAUGGUUUGUAUAUCUGCCAGUUUAUGGCUUGAUGUUUGUGUUUGUUUUAAGAAUAAUUCCUGCUAUUCCGUUCUUUGCAUUUUUGUUUACUGUCGAGAGGACGAAACGAAUAAGCUGUAUCUUCUAACUGUACGUUUGACCAAACUGAUACGUUUACCCUUUAGUUUUGAGGGUUUUCUUGCUUUGUAGAAUUCAGAUGUGCCAAAUAAAAAUGGGUGCACCCACAGCAACAAUAAACUGAACGAAUAGCUAAUUCAUGUUCAUAUUCUUCCACUGAGCAGUUGUAGAACGAAGCUCAGUUCAUGUGCAGGAUUCAGUUUUAGGAAUAUACGUUCCAUCAGCUUGUCCAGCGAGUGCCCCUUUAAGGACAAGAGACCACACUGGCUGUGCGCCUGUCACCCCCCUCCCCUCAUUUUUUUUUUUUUCAAAUGCAGAUGCAUAGGGGGGGGGGACUACUGAGCUAUGACCCCAUUAGGUGGCAUGUACCUAAAAGUUGUAUACUCAAAAUACUACCAAAGAGUCCUUAUCUUGGAAAGGAAUUAUGUAGUUACACACUGGUUUGCAUACAUCUUAAAUAAGCUUUUUUUUUGUGUGUAUUUUCUGUUUCUGUCCGUAACCGAGACACGCCGUAAUAUUUAAAGGAACAGUUCAGUAUAAAAAAAAACUUGAUAUAUAGAGAGGCUGUGCAAAAUAAAAAAUAUUUCUAAUAUAGUUAUCCAAAAAUGUCAUCUAUAAAAAC